AUGGCUAGGCCAACAAUAAGUCUCCCAGAGAAUCAUUUCUUAUUUACAUCUGAAAGUGUCAACGAAUAACGCGAUUAAUUUCCUAUUAAUUUUUUUAAUAAAAAUAAUAAUAAAAUUUGAAUUGCUAUCAACGAAGGACACCCAGAUAAGCUUUGCGAUUUGAUAUCUGAUUCUGUGGUAGAUGCUUGUUUGGCCCAAGAUCCUAGCUCCAAAGUAGCCUGCGAAUCAACAGCAAAAACUAACUUUCUUAUGAUUUUAGGAGAAAUCACUACCGGCGCCACAAUUAACUAUGAGCAAGUAAUCCGUGACACCGCCCGAGAAGUCGGCUACACUUCAAGUGACAUUGGUCUAGCUGCUGACACAUGCAAUGUUAUGGUGAAUAUUGAAUGUCAAAGCCCAGACAUUGCCCAAGCUGUCCACUUAAACAAAGCCCCAGAAGACAUCGGCGCAGGUGACCAAGGGCACAUGUUUGGCUAUGCUACCAAUGAAACUCCAGAAUGCAUGCCUCUGACCCACUUAUUAGCCACCAAGAUCGGCCGCAGACUUGCAGAAGCCAGAAAAACUGGUGUCCUCAGAUGGGCCAGACCUGACGCGAAGACCCAAGUCACCAUUGAAUACCGCAAAGAAGGCGGGAGGGUCAUUCCAGUCCGAGUCCACACCAUUGUGAUUUCAACCCAGCACGACCCUGAUGUUACAAAUGAACAAAUAAGGGCUGACUUGGUGGAGCACGUCAUCAGAGUGGUAGUCCCAGCUGAAUAUUUAGAUGACAAGACCAUUUAUCAUCUGAACCCUAGUGGAAGAUUCAUCAUUGGAGGACCACACGGUGAUGCUGGGCUUACUGGGAGAAAAAUUAUUAUUGAUACCUACGGAGGCUGGGGUGCCCAUGGAGGUGGCGCUUUUUCAGGAAAAGACCCUUCAAAGGUAGACAGAUCAGCUGCUUAUGCAAUGAGAUGGGUCGCUAAAAGUUUGGUGAAGGCUGACCUUUGUGAUAGAUGCUUGGUACAAGUUUCUUAUGCUAUUGGUGUUGCGCAGCCUUUGUCAGUUUAUGUUGACUCUUAUGGAACUGUAAAGCAUGGGAAGACUGAUAGAGAUUUGCUGUACAUCGUAUUGAGGAACUUCGAUUUAAGACCAGGCUGCAUUAUAAGAGACCUUAACCUUCUGAGACCGAUCUAUAAGAAGACAGCUGCUUAUGGACACUUUGGAAGAGAAGACGACCCUGAUUUCACCUGGGAAACCCCUAAAGAUCUCUCUCACGAGCUUAACUAG